AUGAGCUUCGGCUAUAGCGUGGGGGAUUUCGUGCUACUGGUACAACUCGCAAACGACCUGCGAGGCCGCUUUGCGCAGGCUCCCAGAGAGUACAAAGCAAUUACUGAGGAAGUCGAAUCUCUCAUAUUCACACUACACCGUAUCGACGGCCUCGAUGAAAAAGAAUUUGAUAGCCAGCAGAAAGAUGGCGUCCACAAAGUCAUCCAAGGCUGCCAGAAUGUUCUCGAGGAGCUUUCAGCCAAGCUGAACAAACUCAAUGUUAUCGCGAACGAUUCAACCCCGGACUAG